UACCUGAUAUGAUUUUGUUAUACUUACUAGUUUGUUUCUUUACUUCAACUUAUCAAAAACAAGUCGUCAACAUUGGAGUAUUAGUAGACCCAGAUCCAAACCAAGGACUGCGACGAACAGUAGACUACGCCGUGAAAUACGCCAACAGAAACAUCCUCAUCCCCAGUGGUAUCGAGCUGACAGCCGUGUAUCCCCGCCACUCCCUCGACGGAGACAUCCACAUCGUUUCCACUGUAUUCGACUUCCUCCAGCAGGGGGUUGUGGGGGUGAUAGGACCUGGGGACAGUGAUGGUGUGAGACUGGUUAACGGAAUAUUAUCCUCCAUGCAGAUCCCACACAUCGCUCCACAAGCUACUGACCCCUAUCUUAACAGUUCGUCUAAGUUCCCGUAUUUGAUCCGUCUAACACCCCCUGAUGAUCUGUUGAACCGGGUUCUGAUAGAUGUGUUCCGUAAGUUUAACUGGAAGAACUGUGCAAUUCUCACCAGUGCUAACAACUAUGGUACCUACGGAGAACAGGGUUUGAGAUGGUUCCUGUUACAUGCUUUCAAAGAGGGCUGGGAUAUCCUGGCUUUGGAGCAGCACGGUACACCUGAUGAUCCGAGGAAACUUAACGUAACGGAGCAACUUCUCAAUAUCAAGAACUCGGAUGCUCGAAUCAUCAUCAUGUUCACUGUUAUCAAGUAUGCUCCGUUUAUCUUCAGAGAAGCGUACGAUGCUAAUUUGUUGGGUAAGGGAUACGCGUGGAUUCUUAUCGAUGGUGCAGGAGACCUGGACUUUGUUUACCAACAGAGUUUACCUCAGGGCUAUCCUCUUUACCUCCGAGGUCUUCUCUCAAUCAGACCUAUCAGUGAGGAGGGUGCCAAGUUCCGCUCUUUUGAAGAGCAGUGGCAUCUUGACAGUGUGAGAAGACAGCCCUUUGAUUCACAAUUCACUGACGCGGUGCUUUUGAUCGCCGAAGCGCUGAAAGACGCGAAGUUGAACAGGAUGGACUUGACUCCAACGACCUUGUCUCCGGGACUUGAUCACUCUCAGUAUAUUAACCAGAAGUGGAAACAAGGAAAUAUUUUGAGGGAGUUUAUAUUGAAUCAGAAAUUAGACGGAUUAACACGAUACAUUGAGUUUAGUAACGUUACUUACAUCCCUAAAAACCUUGAGUUUGGAAUAUACAGCAUUCAGUUUUCUAACAAUCAAAGAUCAAAAGUGGGAUACUGGACCCAAGAAAAGGGCUUGAAGAUGACGUCGAACAUAACUUGGCUAGGGAAAAAUACCGGGCAAUUAUACGAUCUACCACAGACACUGGCAGGACGAAAAUAUCGGAUUGUCACCAUUCAUUCUCCUCCCUUCAUUAUCAGAGAUGAGAAACCCGACGGACAAAAAUUCAAAGGCUACCUAGUCGACCUGCUAAAUCUACUUGCAGCAGACCUCGACUUUGAGUAUGAGUUAUACGAGGUGGCGGACAAGAACUGGGGUAACAAACUGAUGAACGGACAAUGGACAGGCCUCAUUCAAGAUGUCAUGACCAACAAGGCUGACUUCGCUGUCGCUGACCUCACAGUAACUAAAUCAAGAGAGGAAGCCGUGCGGUUCUCUAAAGCCUACUUCCGAGCAGGAAUGGCUCUUGCCAUGCAGCUCCAACAGGAAGAGAAGACACUGUUUUACUGGCUGAACCCUCUAGCAGCUAAUGUAUGGAUCGCAAUGUUUGGGGUCUGUGUGACGUGCGCUCUGAUAAUGUGUUUCUACAGCAAAUACAGUCCCAUGAGCUACGAGGUGGACCAGGAAGACGAGAUAACCUUCACCUUCUACAACUGUCUUUGGUUCAUGGUGGCGUCUUUCAUGCAGCAGGGACCGGACGAUGGCAGUCCGAGAUGUCUCUCCGCGCGGCUCAUAGCCAUAGUCUGGUGGAUAACCUGCAUCCUCAUCAUCACCCUCUACUCAGCUACCCUUACAGCUAACCUCACUGUAAACAGCAUGAAGAAACCCAUAAACUCUAUCUACGAUCUGACCAAGCAGGACCGGUACACGUACGGUACUGUGGGAAACACCAGUUACCAGAGCAUGUUCCAGAAUACUACCUACAUGGAGUACGAGAAAGUUAAUGAGAAGUUGAAGUUUGUUGACAACUCGGACACGGCCUACAGGAGGAUAUCCGAGGAGAACUUUAUAUUUAUCUGGGAUACCCCUCUACUUGAUUAUGAGCGGAGGAAGAGGGACUGCUCCUUCGAGAGACUCUCUAAUGAGUUCGGGUACUCUCAAUACGCCUCCGCAUUUCCCCGUAACAAUGCCACUAUGGAGCAUGUAGCGCACUUAUUCGACAAGGCAAUACUGGGAUAUGACGAGAAGAAAACACUGAAGUUAACAUGGCAGGCCUGGUUAGACCGAGCUGGGAGCUGUAGUAAAGGUUCUGCCCAAUCCUCAGAAAGUAACCGCUACAUAUCCCUGCAUGAUCUCAGUGGACUGUUCCUGCUGAUAGGUGCUAUCAUCCUCUCUUCCUUCAUAGCCUUCUUCUGUGAGAAUAUCUACUACAGUGUCAAGGACAAGAAGCAGAAAAAGGCAGCGAAUAUAAAACUAGCAGUGAAAAACCGAUGGCAGUUGUUGAUGGAGAAAUCCCAGAAAGAGCGGGCUGUUAAGACAGCUAAUGCUACCACCUCGCCCCAUUGCAGUUUAGAGGAGAUGCAGUCAGUGAGGCUGAGGUUCGCGGUAAAGUUGAGGGAGGCAUCGGUGGAGCAACAGAGGAUAGAGGAGCUGGAGCAGCAGAACCAGCUUCACAGUCACUUGAGGAACUCAGAGAAGAUGAGCAUCCUACGUCCUGACUGUCAUUAGUAGCAUCUCCAGAUGUACUGGUUGUUGUGAAGUUCCGUUGGCGUUUUUUGGAAAUCAACUGUUGUGAGCUAAACAUUUUUACAGUUUCAUGUUCUACCGAUACUUUAAAUAUGAGAAAUGAACAUUAGCACCGGUCAUUAGUUCUGUUGAUAGAAUUUCUUUAAAUUAAUGUUUUAAGAAACGUACAACUUGUUGAUAAAUUUGUUGUAUAUUAAAUUAUUUU